AUGUGCGGCAUAUUUAGGGAAAAUCCAGUUUUUUCAGGGCCACGUCGACAUGUUGCGCACUCAGCACAGUGCCCAAAGGCAACAAUAUUUACGUCGGCAAGCCGAAGUGUUAAGAUUUAUCCGUCCGCUGACGAUGCUAUCCAGGAUAUCAGUGAUGGUGCUACAAUUCUGCUUGGAGGUAAGGCUUCCGUUAAAAUCACAAAAAUUGUCAUUUUGAUGAAGUCAGCUGGUGUAAAAGCGAUAAAAUUUUUUAGAACGUUUGCUUCUAAACAUCUUGAUGAAAGCUUUGUAGGUUUUGGCCCGUGUGGACGAGCGGAAAAUCUGAUUGAUAGUUUGAAACAAAAACGGGUGAAAAACCUCACUUGCGUGACAAACGACACUGGAACAGAUAAUUUUGGUCUUGGACUCCUGCUACAGGACAAACAGGGCUCAUUAGCAGAACGAAUUCGAGCAGCAGGAGCAGGGAUCCCGGCAUUUUACACGCCUACAGGCUACGGCACCUGGGUACAUCUUGGUGGAUCACCAAUGAAAUAUGAUCACAAUGGAAAUAUCGUUAAAAGAAGCAAACCGAAGGAAAUUCGAAUAUUUAAUGGUACCAGCUACGUUCUCGAGGAGGCAAUAAAGGGCGAUUUUGCACUGAUCAAAGCCUGGAAGGCGGAUAGACUGGGAAAUGUUGUUUUCAGAAAGGAAAACGGCUCAAGGGAAGCGGAACUGCGAACAAAUCGUGACAUUAUUGCUAGCAGAGCUGCUCUGGAGUUCAGAGAUGGCAUGUAUGUAAAUUUGGGCAUUGGUAUCCCGACACUUUGUUCUAAUUACAUUCCAGCCGGUAUCAUUGUACAUCUGCACGGUGAAAAUGGAGUCAUUGGAGCGGUUUGUUUAACAUUUAUUGUUUUUGAAAAUUUGCGUACAUUUCUCAAUGUGAUGGUCUAGCU